AUGGACCACGCUCCAUCAGCCUUGCAGGCGGUGGCUCUUGCCGCCAAGCAAGACGAUAUCGCUGACGAUACCAUCCAAGAAGCUCUGCCAGAGACCAAGGAAAAGCCACCUGUGCCGGCGCAACCUGCGGACGACCCGGUCGACGAACUCUUUGGCAGCGACGAUGACCAACCAUCCAAACCCGCCGAGCGCGUCCUUGCUCCUCGCCCGACAAGUCUCGUCGACGUUGCCAAAGACGUGAAUACUAGUCGGCCAUCAUUGCUCCAAGUUGCGCAGCAAGAAGCUUCCCAGCAUGCGCCGAGCCUCGUUGCCGUCGCCCGUGACGGCAGCAGUCGCAAGAGCCUCAUGGAUGUGGCCGCCGAGUCCGCCGCAGCCACACGGUCGAGCCUUAUUGAGGCCGUGGCCAACAUACCAUCUGCAUCCGAGACGCUACUUGGCGUGGCCAAGACGGUGCAGUUGCAACACCAGUCCACGAUCGCGACGGUCCUCGGCAAGGUCGCCGACGACGAACGACGUGCGAGCGACCGGCACAUUACAAAGACGCUCCGCGCGGCCGCGACCGAGGUGACGACGCAGCGUGACGUGGAUGCAGGCGCGACGCUAGCGACGGCGGCGGCUGAGGUCCGCGCCGAGCGAGCGUCGUUUGCCUACAACCAUUCGGACACCAAGGUCGACGUGGCCGUUGACAUUCUCGUGCGCCAGCCAACGUUGUCGCCAAAGAAAGCACCGCAACGAGUCGUCGGGUCCGUUGAUCGCGCUGUCCUCCAAAGCCGUCAGAGCCACGGACUCAAGCACUCGGGGCCGCUCCUCAAAUCGCGCAAGGACCAGCUCUCUUCGUACCAGCAGGACCAUUUGACCGCCACGCAAAAGCGACUCUUGUAUGCAACGCUCGUCGAGCACAAACCGUCGUCCAAGCGAGACAACCAAACGCGCAUGGCGGCGAUCGAGCGCAUGGCGACGCCGACCAAGCCAAAACGCUUGCUCGGGAAAGAAAAAUACGCGCGCGAAGACGACCGCAAGCACUGUCGGUUCAAACCGCGACUCGGCCGCGGGUCGCACGAGUCGGGCGGACGCAGCGACGACGACGAUGAGACAGACAACCAAGACUUUAUUCGGCGCAUGGAAGCCGCCGAGAAGGCCAAGAAUGAGUCGAUUCGGCGCAACCGCGAAGAGCGCGAGUACAUUGCCCAACUGGACAAAAAGGAGUGCCCCAAGUGCGGCAACCUCCAGUCCUACUCAGAAGUCAAGCAGAAGCGCAAGCAGUGCCCCAACUGCGGCGUCGCGUACCGGUCCCGCAUGGCGUGGGGCGACGUCGAGUCGGACUUCUUCACGCGUGUCUCGGACUUUGAGUCGCAUAAAGCGUCCCGGCGUCAGCAAGUGGCGGCAGCGACGACGCCCGUCUUUCGCGUGCUGGAGCGCAAAGUGCUCGACCCGCAUACGCACACGAUCACGACCCAGCGCCUUCGGCCCCUCACCUGGAACGACGUCGAGGCAGACUUUCUUGGGCGCGUGCAGCUGGACGAGAUGAACCGCAUUCUGAACCGAGAGGAGCUCGAGCGCGAGUUCUACGGCUUCCUUACGUUUCACCCGAGCAUUACGCCCCACGCCAAACGCCUGACGUAUGCGCGCUUUGAAGAACGCAUGCAGCGCGACAUUGACGACCGAGCGAGUCGUCUCGCGCAGUAUGAGAUGCGCGCCAAGCACGCGCUGUCGUACGAUGGGUAG